GUAUGUUAUCUGGGCUUCCUGUGGUUUCUAGAGCCGGACAUGCUGUUGUGUCGUCCAAAAUGGCCGACGAGGAAGAUGAAGAUGCCGUGGUCCAAGAGGUUGACGUCUUCUUGGCAAAGUCGUUGGCUGAUAAAUUAUAUUUGUUUCAGUACCCAUCAAGGCCAGCUGUGGUGACAUAUGACCCUGUGCAGCACCUGGGAGCAAGGAUAAAGCCACAACAACAGAAGGUGGAAAUAGAGCUUGCCGUUAACACCUCUGGUAGCAACUAUUAUGAGCCAAGAGGAGAACAGAUUGCAAGUGACGUGGACCGGCGAGCCAAUGAUGCUGGAGAAAAGGAUAUAUAUUUUGCAAGUGGGUUAAUGGACAAGCAAGUAUUGUCAUCGGGGCAGACGCCAGCUGACGCUUCACGUUAUGCUGUUGCUGUUCUCAAAGAAGGUGAACUCCAUCUAACACCUCUGCGAGGGGUGUUGCAGCUCCGACCAAAUUUGCAGUACAUUGACAAAGUUGAAGCUGGUGUCAAACAGACUGCCAUUGGCAAAGAUGACGGUGAUUCGCAAGAUGAGGAGGAGGAUGCAAAAACAGUCACAGUUCGUAUGGCACGCCCAGAAACAGAUAAAGCCAAGCUUCAGCGCAUGUCCUCCUUCAAGUACCUCGAGAAGAAAGAGGCGGAAGAGCAGUGGAUUCCAUUGCAAUACUAUCCUCCACAGCACUCCAUGGCAUCGCUAGACCGUGAUGAUCUGUUGUGUAAGGAUGCAUCUGCAGAAUCUCCCGAGAUAUCAGUCUCGCCGAGAGAAUACUUAAAGCUACUAACACCUUCAUCUGUGAAAAGAGAGAAUUCUCAACCAAAGAUGCCCUGCAAUGUUCUGUCUAUGACACAAUUGAAGACCAUGGAGUUAUCAGAACAAGUGAAGGCACUCCUAGUCAAUGCCAAGCUUAUGAGUUUUUCCCAGCUGUGCACACUGUUGGCACCUAUGGCAAAGGAAGCAGUCAUCCUCAAGCACUUGCAGCAGUUUGCUGUCCUCGUGCAGGGGAGCUGGGUCGUCAAGAGUGAAGUGCUUUACCCUGAAGGCACAGUCAGCCCAAACAGUGGAAUUCCUGCAGUAAUCCUUUGCAGAGGAAGAGACUACAUACUGUGGCGGUUCACACAAAGCCGUGUUGUUGUCAGAAAGGAUAUUGCCUCGGUUACAAAGCUUCCAAAUGAAGACAUCAAAGCAAUGCUGGAGCAUAUCUCACGCAUGCGUGUUGCGCAGGGCUGGGAAUUUCUGCUUCCAUGUGAUACGGAAUUUAUUCACAAACACCCUGAAGUUUUCAAACACUUCGUGAGCUUUUGGGAAUCCAAACACGAGAUGCUGGCAUCCUCCUUAAACAUCAGUAAAACGCAUACUCACGAGAAAGCGUCCGCUGACCACAAGGAUCACAAGAAGGUUCACACAGAUGGAUCGGAGUCUCAAGAGACAACGAAGCGGGCGCCGAGAGUGUCAAAACUUGAAGCAAAUCAUGCUAUUCCGAAAUCGCAGAAAACACUACCCAAUAUGAACAAUAAUGCAACGGAAUCUUCUACUCCCAUGGAAGUAGAGGAAUUCGUAGACACAGGCGAUAUACAUGUGACCAAACAGCCCCUAUCUGCGGAUAGCGAACAUUUCCAAGAAGUGUUUAAACGGUUACAGGACUUUGUAAGCGAGAAAUUGCAUCGAACUGUUCUUAGCUUUGCGGAAUUUAAGAGAUUGCUACUUUUGAAGCAGACUGCAUGCCCCCCGGGUGACGCGUUCUGCUUGGGGGUGUCAGACUCGUUACUCGAGGACGCAAUCCUGACCAGCGGUGCUACAGAGGUUGACGUCAUGUGGCCCACAGCCCCCCUGCACAAGGAUCUGCACUCACGCAAGCUGUACGCCUUCAGGACGAUAGGAGAUGAGGCUAUUGAUAAGGUACGAGACACUCAAGUCUACCCGAGCUAAUCGUCUCGAUAAGGUACGCGACACUCAAGUCUACCCGAGCUAAUCGUCUCGAUAAGGUACGAGACACUCAAGUCUACCCGAGCUAAUCGUCUCGAUAAGGUACGCGACACUCAAGUCUACCCGAGCUAAUCGUCUCGAUAAGGUACGCGACACUCAAGUCUACCCGAGCUAAUCGUCUCGAUAAGGUACGCGACACUCAAGUCUACCCGAGCUAAUCGUCUCGAUAAGGUACGCGACACUCAAGUCUACCCGAGCUAAUCGUCUCGAUAAGGUACGCGACACUCAAGUCUACCGAGCUAAUCGUCUCGAUAAGGUACGCGACACUCAAGUCUACCCGUGCUAAUCGUCUCGAUAAGGUACGCGACACUCAAGUCUACCCGAGCUAAUCGUCUCGAUAAGGUACGAGACACUCAAGUCUACCCGAGCUAAUCGUCUCGAUAAGGUACGAGACACUCAAGUCUACCCGAGCUAAUCGUCUCGAUAAGGUACGCGACACUCAAGUCUACCCGAGCUAAUCGUCUCGAUAAGGUACGAGACACUCAAGUCUACCCGAGCUAAUCGUCUCGAUAAGGUACGCGACACUCAAGUCUACCCGAGCUAAUCGUCUCGAUAAGGUACGAGACACUCAAGUCUACCCGAACUAAUCGUCUCGAUAAGGUACGCGACACUCAAGUCUACCCGAGCUAAUCGUCCCGAUAAGGUACGCGACACUCAAGUCUACCCGAGCUAAUCGUCUCGAUAAGGUACGCGACACUCAAGUCUACCCGAGCUAAUCGUCUCGAUAAGGUACGCGACACUCAAGUCUACCCGAGCUAAUCGUCUCGAUAAGGUACGCGACACUCAAGUCUACCCGAGCUAAUCGUCUCGAUAAGGUACGCGACACUCAAGUCUACCCGAGCUAAUCGUCUCGAUAAGGUACGCGACACUCAAGUCUACCCGAGCUAAUCGUCUCGAUAAGGUACGCGACACUCAAGUCUACCCGAGCUAAUCGUCUCGAUAAGGUACGCGACACUCAAGUCUACCCGAGCUAAUCGUCUCGAUAAGGUACGCGACACUCAAGUCUACCCGAGCUAAUCGUAUCAAUCUGUCAUUACAGGCUUGUUAUUGCAAUAGGGGACUUAGAGAACACGUGACUGUUUGGGUGGCAAACUAGCGUGCGCCAGGCUUUUAGCGGCAAAAUAUCAACAACAAAAA